CGCCAAUAAAAACAAAAAUGGAAGUGAAACAAGUGCGUGUGACUAACUGCAAGCAGUUUGAACUUCUUGUGGCCCGGAUGGAAGCACAUCCUGCGGUGGCAAGGGGAGUAAUGUUUUGUCAAGCUUCGCGCAUAACCAAGGAGCGUUAUACGGAAAUUUGGAAGGAUCUGGCCACCGGCUUGAAUAGUCUCGGUCCCCCAACGAGGUCGGUCCAUGAAUGGCAGAAAGUUUGGACAGACUUCAAGCUGAAGGUGAAACGCAAGCUCACCCAUAAUAAGCGCGAGACAGAAGCGACUGGUGGAGGGCCCAACCAAACGAUGCUUUUAACAUCGAUAGAGGAAGCGGUAGUUAAUCUGUUGUCUCUCGAUCGGGCUAUUGACCAAUCUGGUCCUGUAUUUGGCCUACCCAUUCGCGAGUCAUCAUCACCGAACAACACUCUAGAAGGCCUGAUGAUCAAGCCAACACCAGAACAGGAAUUAAACGAUAUUGAGAAUGCAGGGAGUAGCAACGACGGCCAAAACAAACGAAAACGUACACUACGCCAUACUCUACAGGAUACAGACAACCGUCUCAAUAUGCUAGAAAAACAGACAAAAUUUCUGAAGCAAAUGGCCGAAAAUUCUGCAGAAACCGCCCGAUACACGAAGAAAAUAUUCAAGCUGAAGGAAGAGGAGGUCAAGGAAAAUCAGGCGUACAGACUACGGAAGGAAAAACAAAGACAGGAUGAGCUGCAAUACAAUUUACAGUUGCUAGCAUAUAAGGAACGAAAACUUAAUCUACUUGAACGUCAAGUAGGACAGAAAAAUGAUUAA